AUGCUGCUGCCCGGCCACGCGCGCCCACCGUCCGCCCAGCAACCCGCGCAGCAUCCCGGCCUCCGCAGGCAGGUAGAGCCUCCGGGGCAGCUCCUGCGUCUCUUCUACUGCACCGUCCUGGUUUGCUCCAAAGAGAUAGCGGCGCUCACCGACUUCUCCGGUUACCUAACCAAACUCCUGCAAAACCACACCGCCUAUGCCUGUGACGGGGACCAUUUGAAUCUGCAGUGUCCUCGGCAUUCCACGAUAAGUGUCCAGUCGGCAUUUUAUGGGCAAGAUUACCAAAAGUGUAGUCCGCAGCAGCAUGCCUCCCAGAGGGAAGACAGCCUAACCUGUGUGGUGCCCACCACACUGCAGAAGGUGCUGGACGAGUGUCAGAACCAGCGGGCCUGCCACCUCCUGGUCAACAGCCGUGUUUUUGGACCUGACCUUUGUCCAGGAAGCAGUAAAUACCUCCUGGUCUCCUUUAAAUGCCAACCUAAUGAGUUAAAAAACAAAACCGUGUGUGAAGACCACGAGCUGAAACUGCACUGCCACGAGUCCAAGUUUCUCAACAUCUACUCUGCGACCUACGGCAGGAGGACCCAGGAGAGGGAUGUCUGCUCCUCGGAAGCCGAGCGGCUCCCCCCCUUUGAUUGUCUAUCUUACUCGGCUCUGCACGUGUUAUCCAGGAGAUGUUACGGGAAGCAGAGGUGCAAAGUCCUCGUCAACAACCACCACUUCGGAAGCCCCUGUCUGCCAGGAGUGAAAAAAUACCUCUCAGUCUUCUACGCGUGUGUUCCCAAGAAUAUACUCACAGCAAUUGAUCCAUCAGUUGCUAAUCUAAAACCUUCUGUGAAGCAGAAAGAUGGAGACUAUGGUGUAGACCUUGACCCAAGGGAACCGAGGGUUCUGAGGAAAGAUGGUGUGAUUGUCAGCCACUCGUUGGCAGCAUUUGCUUACAUUAGAGCCCAUCCGGAGAGAGCCGCCCUGCUGUUCGUGUCCAGCGUCUGCGUCGGUCUGGCACUCACGUUGUGCGCUUUGGUCACCAGAGUGUCCUGCACCAAGGACUUCCAGGAGCUGCAGCUGGCAAGGGAGCACCUCGUGCCAGGAAGCGACAAGGCUGAGGAGGACAGCCAGGAUGAGGAGGGGGAGGAGGACUCCUCUGACUCCGACUUGCCAGGGGAUCUGUCGGGGUUUGGUAGGACUACAUAUCCUGUCUACAGUUCCAUAGAGGCUGCAGAGCUGGCAGAGAGGAUUGAACGCAGAGAGCAGAUCAUCCAGGAAAUAUGGAUGAACAGUGGCUUGGACACUUCACUCCCAAGAAACAUGGGCCAGUUCUACUGAGAGCCAGAUCCAUCCUGAUGUGAGCACACUUUCUGAAGAGGGAAGGUUCCAAAAGCCCCUCCAGCUCUGUUCCACUUGUACCUUCUGUGAAGGAGAAUUUGUCAUGCCAUCCAAUACUGGGGAAGCCAGAAAGUUCUUAAAGGGACAUUUCAAACUGUUUACAGCACAUCCCAAA